GGCUCUCCCGGCGGCUCCGCGUGGGGCGGGUCGCCGCGGGACAUCCCGAACUUUCAGCACCCGAGCCACUCGCUGCUCGAGGCGGACGGGUUCAAGCAGCAGAAGUACCGCGCGUUUCACCAGCGGUGCGUGGACGAGCGGAAGCGGUUGGGUCCGGGGAACAGCGAGGAGAUGAACACGCUGUUUCGGUUUUGGUCGUAUUUCCUUCGAGGGACGUUCAACACGCGGAUGUACAAGGAGUUUUGCCGCCUCGCGGAGGAGGACGCGCGGUACUCGUACCACUACGGGCUGCAGUGUCUGUUUCGGUUCUACUCGUACGGGUUAGAGAAGCGGUUCCGGCCGCUGAUUUAUCGCGAUUUCGAGGAGUACACGCUGAGGGAUUACGAGAGCGGCUCUCUCUACGGCCUCGAAAAGUUUUGGGCGUACCAUUAUUACUGGAAGGGCGGCGCGAAGGGCGCGGAGAAGCCGCGCAUCCGGGACGAGAUCAAAACGCUGCUGGAGACGAAAUUUCAGAGCUUGGAGGAUUUCCAA